AGACAUUGGUGUGAGAGACGAAUGGACGUCAUCAGUUGACACGUGACUAGAAAAGUUUCCGUAGUCUGCUGACACCUGGACGUCUCGUGUAUUUCCGCUCCUGCGUGUCGAGACAAGAAAGAUGACAAGCUACUCUCCAGACCUGCACCAUGAUAGCACUGGAUGGCAUCAUUUGACUCCCCGAGACAGAGGCAACAGGAGCGUAUCGAGGGAGAUGGACGGUCGUUUGUGGGUCACACUGAUCGUCCUCGUGCAUCUGUUGAGGGGCGUGGGCGGCUUCCACCAGGGUGCGCCCGCCUACUCAUGCAGGAGCAUGGUCCCCGGGCACACCCACGGCCCACAGAGUGACGCCCCACCCUACGUCAUCAGGCUGUCGCGCGCUAUUCUAGGACCAGGGGAGACAAUAUCAAUCGACCUUGAGAGCACAGCGGACAUUCCUUUUCGCGGCUUUCUGUGUGCAGUCAGCGCAGGUGAUGACGUCACCAACAACACGAUGGGUGCCUUCUCUCUGACGUCAUCUUCUAACCAAGUUCAGCUUCUAACUUGUUUAAGAUCGACAGCUGAUACAGCGGUAACCCACACCAACCCCUCGGAUAAGUGGAGCGUAGAUUUCCAUUGGAGGGCACCGUCUGAUGCCAGAGUUGGUCAGGUCUACAAACUCAGAUGCACGUUCGUCCAGGCGUUCUCUGUAUUCUGGAGCAAUUACCAAGUUGACCUUACGAUUGCUGAGGUCAAUGACCGGCGUCAACAGUUGGCCAGCAGUAACGUGACAGUCAGCGCGGUCAAUGACCCCCAGUCUAACACUAGGACUGCGGUCAAUGACCCCCAGUCUAACACUAGGACUGGGGUCAAUGACCCCCAGUCGAAUAUUAGGACUGCGGUCAAUGACCCCCAGUCUAUCAGUAGGACUGGGGUCAAUGAACCCCAGUCUAACACUAGGACUGGGGUCAAUGACCCCCAGUCUAACAUAAGAACUGCGGUCAAUGACCCCCAGUCUAACAUAAGAACUGCGGUCAAUGACCCCCAGUCUAACACUAGGACUGGGGUCAAUGACCCCCAGUCGAAUAUUAGGACUGGGGUCAAUGACCCCCAGUCUAACACUAGGACUGGGGUCAAUGACCCCCAGUCUAACACUAGGACUGGGGUCAAUGACCCCCAGUCGAAUAUUAGGACUGGGGUCAAUGACCCCCAGUCUAACACUAGGACUGGGGUCAAUGACCCACUUGGCCCCCACAGAUUUAAUGUGAGUGAGGUCGUCGAUCGGGUUCAGACAUCUGUGGACACUGCAAACUUCGAGGGAUUCGAACCAAAUACCGCACAAACAGGGUUCAGUACCACACAGCCAUCUCUUCAUCCCAGAACUGUUCAAAACUUUCCUUCGUUUGUACCUGCUUCAAAUACAGAACAGAUACUUGCAGCUUCUGCACGUGACGUCACUGGGGAAGUGGAGCGUGACGUCACUGGGGAGCGGGUCACCACCACGACAAGGCGCCCCAGAGCCCGGAGCCCAGGUACCCCUGCGGGCUCCAGGAACGUCCCCAGUUUUGUGCUGCUGAGCCCCAACGCUCGGUUCCUGACCGCAGAACAUCUCAGGGGCGUCGCUAGGGUCAGGUUUUCGGCAGCUGCAGUCAGAGGUACAGCUAGAACUACAAGUCCAGCUAGAGAUACAGCUAGAACUACAAGUCCAGCUACAGAUACAGCUAGAACUACAAGUCCAGCUACAGAUACAGCUAGCAGUAGAGCUACACUAGACUUUUAA